AAGAAAAAUAAACACAACGUUACUUCCGGUGUUCAGUCCCCGCCUCCUGUAUGCAGACCGCGGAUUUUUGAAAAUAAGGACGGGUUCAGCAGGGACACAUACCUCACAUCACAAAGACCCGAUCAACUGCCGCGCAUUAAAACUUAUCGUCUGUCAUCCAAACAUCAUGAUGUCCAUUACUGAUCCGAACAUGAGUGACAGGUUCACCAAUGCGAUGGAGGACAUCCACAACAAACACCUUAAAACAUAUGGGGAGAUUAUUGACGCAACUACAGAGCUGUGCCAGUCCCACAGGCAGUUUGUCAAGUCUGCUCUGGACACAUGUUUAAAGAAAUGUAAGGACGACGAGAUGCUGUUUGAGACAAUACAGACAUACAAGAGCGACUUGCAGCAAAAAAAUGCAUCAUUGAAAGAGAAACGGCAUGCCAUUUCUGAAAUGAUAUCUGAGAUCCAGCAGAAGGAGAUGCAGAAAGACGACAUAAUCCAGAAGAUAGAGAAACUUAAAGAAGAACAGGGCAAGAGAAAAGAGUUAAUCGAGUCUCAACAUAAAGCAAACAAAGACAGACUGAGGAAUCUCCAGAAAGCCAGACUAGUCUUUCAGGAUCAUUUGGGGUUGGAGAUUCGAACAGUCGUCAGCAAAACAGAACUGGCUAAAGGUGAAAAGCUGCAGUUUGUUUUCCGCAACAUCAACCGUUCGGCUCAGGACAGCGCCUACGUUGUCACAAUGGGGAUCAAAGAGGACGGCUCGUACCAGAUUGUGUCGAGUGACCCAGUGCUGGAGUGUUUGCCAGUCUUGGAAAGCCGACUCCAGGAGACCAAUAACUUACCGGCAUUCCUGGCGAACAUCAGGAAGGAGUUUAUCUCUCAGGCACGCCGCUGAGAUUGGCAGGUCUUGCUGUAAUACGAACUAAUGUCAGCGAGGAACACAGCUUUCGGUCUGUAUGUACUGUACAGGUCUGUAAACAAGCAUCGACUGCCUUGUCAAAACUAACAGAUGUAAAUUUAACAUACACUUAUACAACUUUUAACUACAUAAAUACUGAUGUUAAUUGUA